AUGUCAGGCCACUUUCCGCGUCUGAACCUGGACAAGCCAGCAGACUUGGAGCAUGUGCUUCAAGUGAUCGAUCAACAUGCUCACAAAGUGGCUCAAAUGGAGUUUGGAAGCGAGCUGGAGCGUGAUAAGGCGCUGAAAGCAGUCGUGGUCAAAGUAAUCAAGAGGCUAACGGGUGCGACGAAAGCCAAGAUCGAACGAAACCUGCUCUACAACGGCAUGUCACUCAGCGAAUAUGCCAGGCAUAGCAAAGAAGUCGAGCCAUUCGAUGAAGAUCUUUCGCGACGGCUGCAAGUGUUGAACGACCAGGCUAAUACACUGACGACCGAAGUGAUUGCCUAUCGCAAGGCGCUCCCAACACGCAGAGCACAGGCUAUGGAGAGGAGAGCAGCAGUCGUCCGCGCGCUCGAGGCUAGGAAAGAGGAGCAACGAAGAGUAGCAGAGAAAGAGCAUGCUAAAAAGCUACGCGAACAGAGCAAGCCAAUGGCUGUGGACCUCAAGAGGAAAGCCGAGGUCGCAAACACCCUCACACAGUCUGUCGUCGACAUCACCAGUCUCCAGGUUUCCAUCCUCGAGCAAGCGACAGCAGCAAACGAACAAGCCAAGCUGGUCAAGCGUCUUCGAACCAUGCCAGCAUAG